GAGUGGAAAUGGAUUCACUGUCUGCAGAUGAUUUUUCUUGUCCCGUGUGUAUUGAAAUCUUCAAGGAUCCUGUUGUUUUAUCAUGUAGUCACAGUGUCUGUAAAGAGUGUCUUCAACAGUUCUGGAGAACUAAAGAAACCCAGGAGUGUCCUGUCUGCAGGAGAAGAUGUUCAAAUGAUGCACCUCCAUGUAAUCUAGUGUUAAAAAACGUAUGUGAGUCGCUCCUGAAGGAGAAGAAAGCGAGGCAUUCAUCAGAGUCUGAGGAGCUCUGCAGUUUACACAGUGAGAAACUCAAGCUCUUCUGUCUGGAGGACAAACAGCCGGUGUGUUUAGUGUGCAGAGACUCAGAGAAACACAUCAAUCACACAUUCAGACCCAUCAGUGAAGCUGUUCCAACUUAUAAGGAGGAGCUCCAUACAGCACUGAAGUCCUUACAAGAGAAACUUCAGCACAAAGCAAACAUUAAAGAAGAGUUUGAGAAAACAGUUCAACACAUCAAGUCUCAAGCUGAUCAAACAGAGCAGCAGAUUAAGAAGGAGUUUAAGAAGCUUCGUCAAUUUCUCAGAGAUGAAGAGAAAACUACAAUCACUGCACUGAGAGAGGAAGAGGAGCAGAAGAAACAGAUGAUGAAGGACAAGCUGGAGGAGAUCAACACACAAAUCUCAGCUCUUUCACACACAAUCAAAGACAUGGAGGAGAUGAUGAAAGACAGUGACGCCUGCUUUCUGAAGAAGUUUCCAGUCUCGAUGGAAAGAGUCCAGAUCUCAUCACAGCCGGAUCCACAGACUCCUUCUGGAGCUCUGAUUCAUGUGCCACGAUACUUGGGAAACCUGCCCUUCAGAGUCUGGAAGAAGAUGCAGGACAUCGUCCAGAACACUCCUGUGAUUCUGGAUCCAAACACAGCUCAGCCACUUCUCGUCCUGUCUGGUGAUCUGACCAGUCUGAGAUGGAGCAACAUCAGGCAACCUCUUCCUGAUAAUCCAGAGAGAUUUGACAUCUAUCCCUGUGUUCUGGGUUCAGAGGGGUUUAACUCAGGAACACACUACUGGGAUGUGGAGGUUAAAGAGAGCUCAUCCUGGGGUCUUGGUAUAACUACAGCAUCAAACCAGAGGAAGGGAAGUGAUUUCUUCAAGACUGAUGUCUGGAGUGUGCAGCACAAAAUGUUUGAAGACUUUGGUUUUUCAGUUAAACAGGUUCUUCAAUGUGUGAGAGUGAAUCUAGACUAUGACAGAGGAACAGUGUCAUUCUCUGAUCCUGUAACUAACACACAUCUACACACAUUCACAACCACCUUCACUAAAACAGUCUUUCCGUUCUUUCAUAGCAUCUACCCUCUGAAGAUCUUACCAAUACAUUAUUCUAAGUCUAAUACUAUCUACAACCAAAGUAAAUUCUAGCAUGAACCAGGGGCGGCUUUAGGGGUGGGCUAAAGAGGCUGAAGCCCCAAAUUUUUUCAGUAAAGCCCUGAAUGCUUUUAUGACCGUGUCUUGUGCGCAUCAUCAUGAGUUUUCAUGUGCAUUAAAAUUAUUUCUAUUAUAUCAGCACUGCUUCAGAUAUUACUGUAUAGCCUAUAAAUUCAUAAUACCAAUCUCAUCAUCUCUUAAAAUGUGAUUAUUGUUCUUGUACUGUACAUAAAUGGUAAACCUAAAUGGUAGCUUUCAAAGCAGGCUUCUACCCGGCAGUCAAAGUGGCAUUAUGUCACAAAAGUGUGGGCUCAAAGGAAGACCACAAGGGUUUAGGAUGUGAUUUGGGACAGGAGCAGCGUCGAGUCUUCUGAGGUGAAGUGUUCAUGGUUCACACACACUUUACACAGUCUGUUUAAGUGACAUUUUACAGGCUCAUUUCUGUACUGUUUUCAUUGAAAGUGACGUGACAUUCAGCCAAGUAUGGUGACCCAUACUCAGAAUUUGUGCUCUGCAUUUAACCCAUCCGAAGUGCACACACACACGGAGC